GUGUAACACACGGCUUGGCAGUCAUGUCGGCGCAGAAGUCGGGACGCUCACUGUUAUAGUAGUCAGAUAUUGUGUUUAAAAUAACUCAUUCUGUAAUAUUUAUAUUGAAGCUGCAUCAGUUUCAGAUGAAGUGUUGAAGGAAAGCGACGUGGUCGUUGCAGUAUCGAUUUAUUUUGAGUUAUUGUUGUGAGCCAUGGCAUCACUAUCAGAGGAGGUGCUGCUGGUGGUCAAAAAGGUUCGCCAGAGGAAGCAGGAUGGCACACUUUAUCUGAUGGCUGAACGUAUAGCCUGGGGUCCUGAGGGCAAAGACCGCUUCACAGUCAGCCACUUGUAUGCAGAUAUUCGCUGUCAGAAGAUCAGCCCAGAUGGUAAAGCUAAAAUUCAGCUCCAGCUGAUCCUUCACACCGGUGAGAGUACCACAUUCCACUUUUCCAAUGAGAGCAGUGCACUCAAAGACAGAGAUGCUGCCAAAGAACUGCUGCAGCAGCUGCUUCCCAAGUUCAAGAAGAAAGCUAACAAGGAACUGGAGGAGAAAAACAGGAUGCUUCAAGAAGAUCCAGUGCUUUUCCAGUUGUAUAAGGAUCUUGUGGUGAGCCAAGUGAUCAGUGCUGACGAGUUCUGGGCCAACCGGUUAGGAGACAUAAACAACUCAGACUCCACACCAUACAACAACAAGCAGGAUGUCGGUAUAUCAGGAGCCUUUCUGGCAGAUAUUAGACCUCAGACAGAUGGCUGCAAUGGUUUGAGAUAUAAUCUGACAGCUGACAUCAUUGAAUCCAUCUUCAGGACAUACCCUGCAGUGAAGCAGAAGUAUGGCGAAAAUGUGCCUCAUAACCUGACGGAGAAGGAGUUCUGGACCCGGUUUUUCCAGUCCCAUUAUUUUCACAGAGACCGUAUCAACACAGGAACACAGGAUAUCUUCUCAGAGUGUGCCAAGCAGGAUGAAAAGGGGUUAAAGUCUAUGGUGGUUCAAGGAGUGAAGAAUCCUUUGGUUGACCUCCUGUCAUUGGAGGACAAAACAUUAGAUGAGGGUUAUGGAGCCAGCGCAACAACACCCUCAACUUCCAGUGCAAACAGGACAGUGAAGGAGAGCAGUAAUGCUGCCAUCAUAAAGAGGUUCAACCAUCACAGUGCCAUGGUGCUGGCAGCAGGCUCACGAAAAGGUGAAACACCAACUGACCAAGCCAGUGAGACGAGCAGCACAGAUGGGAACUCGAGGGAUUCUGACUUAUUCCAGCCUCCUGUAAAGAAGGUUAGAUUACAAGAAGCCAUUGAGUAUGAAGAUCUGCAAAGGGAAAACAGACUAAAAACAGUUGCGUUAAACCUCAAGAAGUCUGACAGAUAUGCUCAUGGUCCUGUGCCACUUCAGUCUCAGCACUAUACAACAAGCCAGGAUAUCAUCAACUCUGUCAACUACAUCCGGCAUGAGAUGGUCAAUUACAAACCCAACCUCACUCAGGUGUUGUCCAGCACAGCGGCUAGUUCUGCCAUUACAGCACUUUCUCCAGGUGGUGUCCUCAUGAUGACAGGAACACAGCAAGCCAUAAAUCAGAUGGUCCCCACUGAGGUUCAAGGAGAGUUGAAGCAUCUUUAUGCAGCAGCAGGAGAGUUGUUGAGACACUUCUGGUCCUGUUUUCCUGUAAACUCACCAUUUUUGGAGGAAAAGGUGAUGAAAAUGAAGACAAACCUGGAGAGAUUUCAGAUGACCAAACUUUGUCCUUUUCAGGAGAAGAUUCAGCGUCAGUACUUGAGUACAAAUCUCACAGGGCAUUUGGAGGAGAUGUUGCAGACGGCCUAUAGCAAGUUCCACAUCUGGCAAACCCGGCGCAUGUUGAGGAAAACCUGAGGUCUAAUGGUUUAACAAAGAGAGAACGCGGAAGACAUUAAAGUAUUUGGACAUAAAUGGCCUGUGAAGGUUUCUCCAGACUGCUGUGAAGACACCACAGAUCCUGAUGGGACAUGGUUCACAGGGGCUUAAUGAGGAUAUAGAUGGACGCUGCUACAACUGUUCAACAGAGACUAACUGCAUCUCAGUCACAAAUAACUGUAAUUAGUUUCUUUCUCUUUUGUUUGUGUUUUUUCAAUGGCUGAGAGACUGGUGCCGGUAAUGGUUAAAUGGGACUUUUAAAAAAGUGUAACAUGACCAAAUUUCAAGAUGGAAAAUCAGAAAGACGCUCAGGACAACAGGCUGAGGUGUGAGAUGCCAGCGGAGGGCUGCCAACAUGUGUUUAUCAGUGCACAGAGCAGAGAAAGAGAGCUUGGACAUUACAAGGAAGCCCCUCUGAGCACUGGGUCGAUUUGUGGAACAAAGUUCCCAAAAAUGUUAAGCAAAGGCGAAGUGAAUAUAGCAAUACUGUAAAGACAUUUCACACUCGAGUGCACUAGUGUGUGUGACUACAAUCACACUGUCACUGGUUUGUAAUGUCUGCACCCUCUGCACUGAAGACAACAAUGUAACUCUGAAUUAAAGUGAGGCAUAAAGCUUUUGAUCAUAC